CCCACCAGAUGACUCUCUCUUUCUCUCUCUGAAAAAGCUGACCGUUUUGAAGAAUCUCAGGCCCACGCGAUCACAUUAAUAUACCAACAUCUUCUCGCCUCCCCACUUGUUCUGAGAAUUCUUCCGACAGAUUAUCCAUUGAGGAUCGAUUUUGGGUUUUUGCGUAUUGAUGUGAAGGUUCAGGUUAAGUGUUUUUGGUAGUAUGGAUAUAAUAUCAAGCCUUGAUGAUGGCCUGCAAGGACCUGAUGGGAGUUUCGAAGAUAGUUUGCAGAAUGAGCUUGAAUUGAUUCUGCAUGAGCAGCGCAAUCAACACAUUAUUGAGCGAGAAAGGGAUCUGAAUAUAUAUAGGAGUGGCAGUGCUCCACCGACAGUUGAGGGAUCGCUAAGUGCUGUUGGUGGUCUUUUUAGGAACCCUGAUUUUAGAGAGUUUAAUGGUAGUAUUAGUGCUAAAAACGGGGGUUUGUCCGAGGAUGAGAUUCGCUUGCAUCCAGCUUAUCUUUCAUAUUAUUAUUCUCAUGAGACUAUCAAUCCGAGACUACCCCCACCAUUGAUGUCAAAAGAGGAUUGGCGUGUAGCACAAAGGUUUCAGGUUGGUGGGUCUUCGUUUGGGGGGACUGGGAGCUGGAGGAAGAAGUUGGUGAAUGAUGAUGAUAAUUCAUCAUUGUUUUCAAUGCAGCCGAGACUCUCUGUGCAACAGGCAGAGAAUGAUUUAAUGGAAUUGAGGAAUGCCAGUGGAAGGAAUCUCUCGAGGCAGACUUCAUCUCAGUGGCUUGAUAGAGGCCCGAAUGAUUUGAUUGGAUUGUCAAGCAGUGGCCUCGGUGCAAGGAGGAAGAGUUUUGCAGACAUUGUUCAGGAAGGACUUGAUCGACCUACCUCCUUAUCUGGCAACGUGUCACAUGCAGCAAGUCAUAAUGCUUUUGGUGAUAUUGUGGAUAUUAGAGGUAAAGGAAUGGCGGAUCCCCAUCCAGUAGGAUUAUGUAAUGGAGUGGGGUCCAUGGAGGGCUUGCAUUCUGGCUCUUCUCCCCUGCGCCUGGUUGGGGUUCAGAAUCACAGUACAGCAGUUUCUCAUAAUUAUUCAUCUUCUCCGGGCUCAUCUCUGCCAAGGAGUGCAACCCCUGAACCACCGCACGUUGGAAGGGCUGCUGCUUCUAGUCUUCCUCCUGUUGGGAGCAGCAGAGUUUCCCAGAGCAAGGAGAGGAAUGCUGCUGGGGAGGCUCUCCAAAAUGGUCACUACUCUGGUGUGACUGAACUUACCGAUAUUGUAGCUAAUUUAUCUGGCUUAAACCUGUCAAAAGCUAAACAUGCACAUGAAGAUAGUCAUUUGCAGUCUCUGCUUCAGCUUGGUCUUGAUAAUCAGCCUGAUUUUUUGUACAACAUGCCCAAUGAUCACAAGCAGAGUCUGCAGCGAAAACUCGCUGACAAGUCCAAUGCUGAAAAGCUUUAUUUGGCUGCCAACCGCAUCGAUUUAGCCAGGAAAAAUGGGAUUGUAAAUAACCGUAAUGCCUUCAAGAUAAGUUCCAAUGGGCAAGUUAACUUUCCCAAAAGAACUUCUUCUUCUGCCUGUCUUUAUUCAAAAGUUAAUUCUUCAGGGUUUACAAGUUCAGAGGGAUCAAAUUUUCAUCACCAAGAUCCAAAUAUCCCUAGUAUGGGCUUGGCUAGCCAUUCCAGUGAUGCUUAUACUGUAAAUGAAAAGUUGAAUUCGUUCAUUAACAACAAUCUUGAUUCAGCUCUGACUGCUUCUGGAAAUGAACAAAUUCUGAAUAGACUGGGAAACCAGGUGUGGCCUGAUAUUCAUUCCCCAUCUGUAGACCCUCGUUCUAUUCGGUACUUCCAAAGACCUUCUGAUUAUGCUACACAUGCUGUGGCUAGUCCAAGUGAUCGUGCUCAGGGUAGCAAUUAUUUUAUUAGUUCACAUGGGGACUUGGAGGGACUUCAGAAAGCGUACCUUGAGACGAUUCUUGAUCAAAAUAAGCAAGAAUGUGAACUGCCACAUUCAGGCAAAUCUGGUGGUUUUAGUCAUGGGUGCUAUGAGAAUUCAUUAUAUGGUUAUGGCAUACCAUAUCCAGGAAAUCCAAUGGCGGAUUCUGUACUUCCUUCUGUUGGAUCGGGAAAUCCAGUGUUUCAGAACGAGCGACUAACACAGUUUAAUUCUAUGAUGAGAAGCUCAAUGGGGGGAUCAAUUGGGUCAUGGCACUCAGAUAUUGGCAGUAAUAUGGAAGGAAGAUUUGCAUCAACAUUAUUAGAUGAGUUCAAGAACAGCAAGACUAGGUCUUUUGAACUUUCAGACAUUGUUGAUCAUGUAGUUGAAUUCAGUACUGAUCAGUAUGGAAGUCGCUUUAUUCAGCAGAAAUUAGAAACUGCCACAGUGGAAGAAAAGACCAAGAUUUUUCCUGAGAUAGUUCCUCAUGCUCGUAUCUUGAUGACUGAUGUCUUUGGGAAUUAUGUCAUACAGAAAUUUUUUGAGCAUGGUACAGAAAGCCAAAGAAAGGAGUUAGCGAGCCAACUGACUGGCCAUGUUUUGCCCCUGAGUCUCCAAAUGUAUGGGUGCAGAGUGAUUCAGAAGGCCUUGGAGGUGGUUGGUGUGGAUCAGCAGACUCAGAUGGUGGCAGAGCUCGAUUGUGCAGUCAUUAAAUGCGUUCGUGAUCAGAAUGGAAAUCAUGUUAUUCAGAAGAGCAUAGAGUGUGUCCCUCAAGAUCGAAUUCAGUUUAUUAUCUCGGCCUUUUAUGGGCAAGUUGUGGCACUUUCCACCCAUCCUUAUGGCUGCCGUGUUAUUCAGCGGGUCCUGGAACAUUGUGAUGAUCCCAAAACUCAACAAAUGAUUAUGGAUGAAAUCAUGCAAUCUGUAUGUGUUCUGGCACAAGAUCAAUAUGGAAACUAUGUUAUCCAGCACGUCCUUCAACAUGGUAACCCGCACGAAAGGUCUGCUAUUAUUAGCAAGCUUGCAGGACAGAUUGUAAAAAUGAGUCAGCAGAAGUUUGCUUCUAAUGUGGUGGAGAAGUGCUUAACUUUUGGUGGUCCUGAGGAGCGUCUACUGUUGGUGAAUGAGAUGCUUGGUUCCACUGAUGAAAAUGAACCCUUGCAGGUAAUGAUGAAGGAUCAAUUCGGAAACUAUGUUGUACAAAAGGUUCUUGAGACCUGUGAUGACCGGAGUCUCGAGUUGAUUCUCUCUCGCAUCAAGGUUCAUUUAAAUACCUUAAAGAAGUAUACGUAUGGUAAACAUAUAGUUUCUCGUGUUGAGAAGCUCAUCGCAACUGGAGAAAGGCGCAUUGGCUUGUCAGCAUCAUUCUCUUCUGGAGGCAUCGCAAUUUAACCUAGGCUUUCUUCUUUCGUCACAACAAAUGACACUUUGUACAGCCAACAUGGAUGGUGAUUUGAUCAAGCUAUCAUCUGGAGUACUACUUAUUUUCGAGGAGACUAUAAUAGUUGUAAAUAAACACAAUGCGCAGGCCCACUGGAAUAAUAAUUUUUUAAGAUAAACUGCAAAGAAUCCAUAGAGAGGCCGACUUAGGAAGUCAAGAUCAACGACAUGAAUGAGGUUCAGUGUUUAUAAAGCAAAAGUAACUGUAAAUGGUAAAUCGCAACGGUAGAGAGAUUACUGAAAGUUGAUAUUAGGUUCGGCUUGUUGACAUCAAGAACUUUUCUUGAGAAAUAUAAUUUUUGCUUUCUUCUG